AUGCCUGAUCAAAAGAAGUCGAAAAAGGGCGGCGGUGCCAAAAGCCAGGCCGACUCGGUGAUCAGGGAUCCUCGAUUUGCCAAUAUCCAAACUGACCCUCGGUAUCGUCUCCCUAGCAAGCGCCAAACCCAUGUGAAACUCGACAAACGUUUCGCGCACAUGCUGCGUGAUAAAGACUUUUCUCGGAACGCUGCAGUUGACCGGUACGGACGCAAGCUUGCUCACGAUGAUACGAAAAAGCAACUGGAAAGAUUCUACCGACUGGAGGAUCAAGAUGAGGAUGAAAACCAAGAAGUCAGCGGUGAUGAUGACGAGGAGGUCCUCAAGGAAUUAAAAAAGGCUGAUUCUUACGAUCCUGCACGGGAUGGAGGGUUCUCGUCCUCUUCAUCAGAGGAGGAGACCAGUGAUGACGACGACGGGGAUGAAGAUGAAGACGAAGCAGAGCUUGAAGCUGGGGAUGAGCUGGAGUUCCCCGACAAGCAACAGGCCAGCGUACCCACGGGUGGCGUGACGGAUCGCAUUGCUGUGGUGAACCUCGACUGGGAUAAUAUCCGGGCAGCGGACUUGAUGGCAGUGUUUUCCAGUUUUGCCCCUGCGGCUGGCCGUGUACUGAAGGUCUCCGUCUUUCCCAGCGAGUUUGGAAAGGAGCGAAUGGAGCGGGAAGAAACGGAGGGUCCCCCUCGGGAGAUUUUUGCCUCAGGCGAAGGUGACGAGACUAGUGAUGAAGUUGAGGAAGAAUUUGACUCCGAAGAAGAAGAAGAAAAUAUUAAAAAGUCUAUGCUCAAGGAGGACAAGGGCGAGGAAUUCAACUCUACACAGCUACGGAAGUAUCAACUGGAGCGUCUCCGCUACUUCUAUGCUAUUCUCACGUUCUCGUCCAAAGAAGUUGCAAAGCAUGUAUAUGACCUAGUGGAUGGUGCAGAAUAUCUAUCGAGUGCCAACUUUUUCGACCUCCGAUUUGUGCCUGAAGAUACUGACUUUUCCGAUGACAAACCCCGCGAUGAAUGCACUCGGAUUCCGGAUGGCUAUCAGCCCAACGAAUUCGUCACCGACGCGUUACAGCAUAGUAAAGUUAAACUAACAUGGGACAUGGAGGACAAGUCGCGCAAGGAAGCCCAGGCUCGCGCUUUUCGUGGCAGCCGAAAAGAAAUCGACGAAAACGACCUGAAAGCUUAUCUCGCUAGCGACAGCUCCGAUGACGACGAGGAUGGGGGUGAUGAGACUGUGGAAGUCAUUGAUGCUACAAAGGGGAAUGAGACCAGGUCAAAGGUCUCUAGGAAGGAUGACGAGAGGCAGCGCAUGCGCGCUCUCCUAGGGUUAAGCUCGGAGCCAUCACAGUCCGCUAAAUCUGAUGGGCCUGUUGGUGAAAUGGAGGUCACUUUUACUUCCGGUCUUGCGGGGGGUCGCAAAGGAGAUAGCAUCUUCGAGAAUGAGCCCGAAAAGGAAGAAUCUACGCUUGAAAGGUAUGUGCGCAAAGAGCGUGAGAGGAAGAAACGGAGAAAGGAGAAACUGAAGGCCGCCAAACGGGGCGAUGCCGAUAAUGAGGGCGAUGGUUGCGUCGAUGACGAAGCGGAAGAUCAGGGUGUAACAGGGGAAGAGAAAGAAGAUCUGGGCUUCAACGAUCCCUUCUUUGACGACCCUAGCGAGAAGGCAACUACCACAGCUCGUCGUAAGGAGGAGAGGAGAAAGAAGCGGGCAGAACGUGCAGCCGAAGAAGCGGCCGAAGCGGCCAAGCGUGCCGAGUUAGAGCUGCUAAUGAUGGACGAUGACAACAAAGGGGUCCAGCAUUUUGACAUGAAUGCGAUCCAGAAGGCAGAGAAACAAGCCGCAAAGAAGAAGAAAGGCAAGGGUAAAGGCAAACCGCCUCCUGAAAUUCAAGAUGACUUCCAGAUGGAUGUCAGCGAUCCUCGAUUUUCCCGCCUAUUUGACAGCCAUGAGUUUGCGAUUGAUCCGACUAAUCCCAGGUUUAAGGGUACGUCAGGCAUGAAAGCGCUGUUGGAUGAAGGACGGAAGCGGCGAAGGGAUCGUGAUGAGCGUGGGGACGAAGAUGAGGCCAAUAGGCAUGACAAGAUGACGAAAAAGAAGCAUAAGAAGAAUACUCUCAAGGAGGGUAAUGAAGAUCUGAAGAGCUUGGUGGAUAAAGUGAAGCAGAAAUCACAGAAGAAGUAG